UUACGUGUUAUUACUCUUCACUUGCCACGAAAAAUAUGUAGAUCCCUCGAAUGAAAUUUUUUUUGCAAACCCUUUGUUUACAAUUUUUUUUUUGCAAAUCCUUUGUUUACAAUCGCACACAGAAUAGAACACAAAUACGAAUCCAACACACAUAUGGGAUUUGGGUAGACUUAUGGGCUUUUUGCUAGCUUAUGCUGGGUAUUAAGCUAAGGCCUUAACCGAGACUGAAGGGGAGACCUUUUAUAUGAUCCUACGAAUUUUAUAAAACAAAAGACGUGAAACGUUUUCUACGUUGCAAUAAAUUUGAGUUUUGCUUCUUUCGGUCAAAGUGAAAAAAAAAAAGAAAAACAAAACACAGAAAAGGGUGUGCAUCAAAUUUUGUGAUGAUCAACCGUGGUACUCAAUCCCGAGAAAGUUAAAAAGAAAACAACGGGAACAGAAAUCUAAAAGGUUAAGAAAAUUCAGUGUAAAUCAAUUGAUAAAUGUGUGAUUCAUCUGUAUCAUUACUCUCAUUUAUUAUGUGCAUACCGUGUGUUGGUAUAUAUACGUACAUAAUACAAGGACGAUGUAUCUAAAGAGUCGAGAGAAAAGAAAAGAAAGUGAAGAUAUGUCGGCAUCUGACGAGAAGAAGUUGUCGGUUCCGUCGUCCCAUGUUACCAUCAAAGUUAAAAGUCAGGAUAAUGUAGAUGUGUACUUCCGGAUGAAGAGGGACGUUGAGGUCCGUAAGAUGAUGGAAGCAUUUUCCGACAAAGUUGGAAAACAAAUGUCUGCCUUAGUCUUUUUCGACGGAGUUCGUAUUAAACCCAAUCAAACUCCCAAAGAGCUCGACCUCGAAGAAGGAGAUGAAAUUGACGCACUUGGCCACCAGAUAGGAGGGCUCAGCUUUUGUGCGCUAUCAGAACUGUCUUAA